AUGGUCAAGUUCACGACGGCCGUUGCCGUCCUUCUCGCUGGAGCCAGUGCCUCGCCAACAGUCAAGGACAAUGGCAGCACGCCUCUGGCCAAGCGAGCUACCAGCUUUUGGUAUGCCAACAUGGACCACACAGGAAACGCAAGAGGCUAUGCCCCGGACCUCGACAACGACUUCACUUACCCAGUCUUCAUGGCUGUGAAUGCGGGAGACGGAGCUGGUAUCCAAAAAGCCAUCAAUGAUGCUGGCAACGGGGCAAGCCGCCAUCCUCAGUGGCUUGCCUCACAGCCACGAGUCGUUUACCUACCACCCGGAACCUACGAAGUCAGCCAGACUAUUCGCAUGAACACAGACACCAUCAUCAUGGGUGACGCCACCAACCCACCGACAAUCAAAGCUGCAGCAAGCUUUUCUGGUGACCAGACGCUGCUCUCGGCACAGGAUCCGGGAACUGGGGAGAGUGGAGAGCUGUCCUUUGCCGUGGGACUCAAGAACCUGAAGCUCGACACCUCAAGCAUCGCUGGAGGAAAUCAAUUCACCGCACUCUGGUGGGGUGUCGCUCAAGCGGCACAACUUCAAAACGUCAAGAUUACCAUGACAUCGGCACCAUCUAACACUAACACGGGACACACGGGUAUCCGCCUGGGCAGAGGAUCUACCCUUGGACUUUCAGAUGUUCGCGUUGAGCAUGGACUGAACGGCAUCUGGCACGAUGGCCACCAGCAGGCGCUGUAUAAAAGUAUAUACUUCUACCAAAACACUGUCGGCAUGCUCAUCACAGGAGGCAACACCAUCAGCAUCAUUGCCCCCACUUUCGACACAUGUGGCACUGGCGUACGAAACACCGGUGGUGCUCCGUGGAUUGGUUUGAUUGACGCCAUAUCGAUCAACUCCGGCGUAACCUUCGUCACCACCGGCUUCCCGUCGUUCCUAAUCGAAAACCUAAGCAAGGAUACCAACUCCGAUAUUGCCCAAGUACCUGACAAGACUGUCCUUGGCCCACAGAGUCACGUCAACACGUUCACGUACGGAAACACAGUCGGCCGCAACCCGAUCUACGGGGCGACUCCUUCCACCAACACUCGUCCCGCUGCGCUCGCGCCAAAUGGCAAGUUCCCCGUCGUCCCGGCUCCGAACUACGCCUCAAACCCCGUGAGCGACUUCAUCAAUAUCAAGGACCCAAACCAGAAUGGCGGCCACACAGUUCUCGGCGACAACACCAAGGAUGAGUCUGGUGUGUUGAACCAGAUUCUGCAGUUCGCAGCUUCCAACAACAAGAUCGCCUACUUCCCUUUCGGCAAGUACCGAGUUGACGACACGCUGCUUAUCCCCAAAGGCUCACGCAUCGUGGGCGAAGCCUGGGCCACCAUCACCGGUAACGGAAGCAAGUUCAAGGACUCCAGCAACCCGAAGCCGGUUGUCGCCGUCGGCAACGCCGGUGAUGUGGGCACCGCCCAGAUCCAAGACAUGCGCUUCACAGUCUCCGACGUCCUCCCCGGCGCCAUCAUCGUGCAAUUCAACAUGGCCGGCUCGUCCCCCGGCCAAGUAGCUCUCUGGAACUCCCUCAUCACCGUUGGCGGCACGCGGGGCGCCGGCGCCCUAACCAACAGCUGCCGCGACGCGAGCAACGAGUGCAAAGCCGCGUUCCUAGGCCUGCACUUCGCGCCCUCGUCGUCGGCGUACGUCGAGAACGUCUGGAACUGGGUCGCGGACCACAUCACCGAAGACUUCGACGGCGGGUCCAACAUCGCGGCCAAGGGCGGCGCGCUCGUCGAGUCAACCAAGGGCACCUGGCUGCACGCGCUCGGCAGCGAGCACUGGUGGCUGUACCAGCUGAACCUGCGCGGGGCGCGCAACGUGCUGGUCUCGCUGCUGCAGUCCGAGACCAACUACGACCAGGGCGACCACGCGCGACAGGUGCCGCCCGCGCCGUGGACCGCCGACGUCUCCGGUUGGGGCGACCCGGACUUUUCGUGGUGCGGGGGCGGCGACACGCGCUGUCGCAUGGGGUUUGCGAAUUACAUCAAUGGCGGCGCCGAUAUCUACACCUACGCGUCGGCUUCUUGGGCGUUCUUCAGCGGGCCGGGAUACCAGGCCUGCGCUGGGGCUUUCCAGUGCCAAAAUUUUAUGCAUUGGAUCGCGCAGACGCCGACAAAUCUGCAGGCGUUUGGGCUCUGCUCGAAGGAUACCUGGGCGACGCUUCGCUUGGCUGACGGGACCAAUAUCGUGACUCAGGAUGGGUUUGAGGGGUCUUGGAGCGGCGAUGUUGGACGCUAUACACCUGGGACUUCGACUUCGGUGGAGGGAGAGACUGUAUCUUUGGAACUUUGA